AUGGCCCGGAUAUCGUCUAGGACCUAUAUCAGGCUGCAUGCCCUGUUCCAGGUCGUCCUGGCCGUCUACUUGACCUUCUCUCGCGAGUCCGUUGGCGGCUCAGAGCUGGUGUACAAAGUUCGGGACAGACUCAGGAUCGACAAUAUCCAGCCAUUCAACCUCCCGCGCUCGCCGUUUGCGUACUGCGGCAUCUUGCUCCUCUCCUUCGCUCUCUUUGACCUGACGCUGGCCAUCAAGCUGCCGACACUGAACCACGUACUGGCAGUGGCUGAGUUCAUCCAUCGCCAGCAGCUACGACAGCAGCAGGAGCGGCAGCAGAGAGAGUCUCUUCUUCAGUCUCGGGCGUCGUUGUCUUCGUCUACCGCACUACCUCCUCCGAUAAUAUCAAGAUCAAGACUGCCAUAUACCCGCCCACCAACGUCUCGAAGCUCCUCUGCUUCGUCCACGACCUCGUCUGGUUCAGGCUCGUCCACCUCUACCGAGCUCAAUGAAGCUGCUUUGAAGAUCACUGCCGAAUUCUCGUCACUCUACCGCCAGCUGUGCAUUCUCCUGGUCACGCUUCGGUCAUGGAUAUUCAUGAUCGUGUCAUUGCGGAUUUACCUAUCUCCUGACACAGAAUGGGGUGCUGCAUCUACGGCUGUGCCAUCACCAGCCACAAUAGUAGGAAUGCCGGCAACGAGCACUUUGGUUGCAGGCAGUGUCGCGACUCCUUUCCAAUCUGCGGCAGGAAAAACUAUUUUAUGGCUGGACCAGAACAUGCAUUUCACCAGGGCCGGACUCAGCACUGCAGCUGCUGUGUCUGGAUCUACACUGGGGUAUGAUGUCAAUGAUCUCAAGCGGAAGAUCGUACUCGGUUACGGGGUGCUUGAACUGAUGUUCUCAUGCUGGAUACUGUUUGCGCUUCGGCAUGAGAAGAAACAAGCUGAGAACCAACUUCGCUCUGUUGGCAUAGGCGUAGGUGCUGAUAUCAUUGCCGCUAUGCGAUGA